AUGGACGUCUCCAGUGGGUAUGACUAUCAAGGACGACAGGAUGCUUUCUUUAUUGUUUCCUGUGGCUUGGCCGCCCUCGCCGGUGAGCGCCACACGACUUUCUCCCCAAGCGGCUAUGUCCAUCGCGGUCUUCCUCCGAUGCAUAGGCCGAUUCAUCCUAAUCAGAAUGCCUGGACCGGACGACUAUUUUCUCAUCGCAGCUAUGGUGGGGAUAUUUGGUUAUAUGGUAGGAAUUGCCAGCCGAUGGAGAAGAUUUGGGAUGUCACCGGUACUGUGCAAGGAACGUGCAUAAACAACAGCGCCUUCUUUUACGCUGCCCCGGGCUUCCACAUCCUUACCGACAUAUGGAUCCUUCUGCUACCAAUGCACACACUCAAAAAUAUCCGCCGCCCGAACCGCGAGAAAGCUGCGCUAUUUGCCAUCUUCGGCGUUGGCGCCUUUGCAGUGGCGGCCUCGUGCAUCCGCCUGCACACAAUCCUCCUCUACAACCUCUCGGACGACAAGUUCCGCGACGCACUGCCGGUGAACCUGUGGACCAUGAUCGAGACGACCGUGGCCGUCAUAUGCGCCUCAGUGCCGGGCCUCAAGCCCAUCUUUUCGCGGUGGCGGCGCCACGGCGGCCGCGAGACCAACAGCCAAAACAUGGGCGCCUCCAAGCUGCCCGAGCUGCUCCGGAGGCGGGAGGAGCGCAAGCAACAACACACCGACGUCACCCUAGACGGCUUGCCCGGGGAGGAGAUGAGACCCACGCCGGCCGCCGAGGUCUCGGUGAUGCAGCCUCGCGGGGCCGUUCCCGCGGCCACGCUGGGCGGUGAUGGCGGCGGCGGAUGGGAUGGCGGGGAUGGAAGCGGGCCCUCAGCAGUCCGGUACAGCGGCAUAAGCAACGCCGGGAGCCACCUAACAUCUCCCAGCUUGCAUCAGGGCAGAUACAGCAGCCAAGAGUGCAUAAUGAGAGAGCCGGCGCCCGUGGACAGGGCCGAGGCCGGCGACCCGCCGAGCUGGCCUUUGGGACCGGCAAAUAAUGUAUGAGUCCCAAUCGAAACUUCAAAGGGAGACAGUUGCUAUGAUCCCAGCUGGGAGUGACAACAGCAGACAUGACGAAAGCUUAUGAUGAUCUUUGCAUUGGCGGUUUG